AUGACUUCAUGGUCAUACGUUACCGUAAUGUUCAUACGUUAUGCAGGUAUUCCAAUACUAUGCAUUAGCUUAUUUGGUUGUAUGAUGAAUGCAAUGGUGUUUUCAAGUGGGCGCUCGUAUCGAACCAAACCAUGCACAUUCUUUCUGAUGGUAGCAGCCAUUGCAUCGUGUGUACAGUUAAUAUGUGCAACAUUAUCGCGUAUUCUGGCAUAUGGUUUUAACAACGAUUUAACCGCUUUGUCAUUGACUUGGUGUAAAAUAAAGCAGCACUUUGUUGCAACUUGCUAUGGCAUAUNUGUGAAUAACAUCGUCUCAUUAGCUGAUCGAAUGAGACAAUUGGUACCCGAUCCAACGAAAAAGCUAUAUCGAUGGCUUCUUUAUUUACUGCAUUAUGGCCAUUCGAUCAGUGGCACGCUCAAUGCUCCAAGCACGACACCUAUACUCGAAGUCAUACGCAAAAAUACGGGUCUUUCAUGCGCUAUUACUGCCAGCAACAACCGAAACGAAACUAAUUCAAGAUGGUUAAUCAAGUAUACUUUGGGUUUAAUGGAUGUUGAUGCACUCUCUGACUUUGUUUUCGGUGAACUAUAUAUACCUCUGACAGUCGCUAAUGCUCCAAAUCAGCCCAUCCAAUUGCUUCAUAGUUGGACGUUCAACAAAGGAGUCUACAAUGCACUGAAAGACUUUGCUCUUGAUUUCUUUCGUGCGUUCUGGUCCGAUGAUUACACUUAUGAUCGUAGUAACAAUACUCGUAGUUUACAGAUCGAUACUCAGCACAAACUAAUCGAAAUACUAAGUAAUCCUGCGGAGAAACAGACAAGCCGUUCAUCGUAUGGCUAUGAGUACACGCAGACGGGCUUCACGGAUAUAACUACAUGUUCUCAAAAAAUUGCACUGACUGUCAACGAGAACAAUGCGACAUUCACGUGGAACAUCAGCUUCGUUGCCAAAACGGAAAAAGCAACAGUGAACAUGGCGAUCUUCUUUACAAACCAAACUGCUCAGGCCGAUGCUGCCUUUGAAAAAUUUCUCCUGCCGUCACCAGAAGAUUAG